AUGGCGGCGACAAAGAUGAGGUGUGAUGCACGGUCGGUGGCGAAGACAAACUGCGUCGCGUGGUUGGAGUCGAGAUUGGAUGCUCCUCAUCUGACGAGGAGAAGAAGAGAAAAAGGGAGCAGAGAAGAGAAAAGAAGGGUCGGAAUGACAAGGCUAGCAAGACAAAUAACUCCAAAUCGAUCCAUCCUUUUCCACCUCAUAGCUAGUAUUACACUAUUACUCUCUCACCUCUCUCUCUCUAGAUUAUAUAUAUACAUACAUCAAUAUAAAUUCUUUAUCUCCUACUACCUUAAAAGUGUGAGUACCUUACUAAUAAAGCAAAGUAAAGAAGAGAUCAUGGAACUUAGGAGAGGUCCUUGGACAGUGGAUGAAGACCUUAUGCUCAUCAACUACAUCGCCAACCACGGCGGAGGCCAAUGGAACUCUCUCGCCCGCUCUGCAGGUCUGAAACGAACUGGAAAGAGCUGCAGGCUUCGAUGGCUCAACUAUCUACGGCCGGACGUCCGGCGCGGCAAUAUCACUCCCCAGGAACAGCUGCUCAUUCUCGAGCUCCACUCUCUAUGGGGAAACAAGUGGUCCAAGAUAGCACAACACUUGCCUGGAAGGACCGACAACGAAAUAAAGAAUUAUUGGAGGACGAGAGUGCAAAAGCACGCGAAGCAGCUCAAUUGCGAGGUCAAUAGCAAGAAAUUCCGCGAUACCGUCCGGUACCUCUGGAUCCCCCGCCUUGUCGAGCGCAUUCGGGCAGCGUCGAGCAGCGCGAGCUGUCCUAUCGCUACAUUUUCCAGCUCAUAUAAUUCUGCUACCGUCACCGCCACUGCCGCCGCUGCCACACGGUUCUCCUCACCUACUGUGUCGGAAUGUGUCACGGAUUGCUACUCUGGUUCAACAUCCGCACAGGGAGAUGACGCGAUUCGUGAGGAGAGUAUUAUGUGUGGUGGAUUAGAUGAGUCCAUAUUUAGCCAGAGGGAUUAUGAUAAUUACGCGGGAUUAGUAGAAUGCAAUAACUUGUGGAGUGUAGAGGGCUACAACUGGAACUUUUAAUAGAAUUUACACUUAUUACUA